GGCUUCGGAGUCUUGAGGCUCCUCUCUUCGACGCACCUCUUGCCGGGAGCGGGCGGCUGCCACUGCGCUUUGGCCGGCCGUCGGGGCCGAGAACCAUGAACCCCGGGGGCGCGGGCGGCUCCAACCGGCUGCUGCUGACGGUCGGCUGGCUGCUCCUGGCGGGCCUCCAGGCCUCGUGGGGGAUGAACGUCACCGCCGUCCAGGAUCCCAGCCUGGCCCACGACGCCGAGGGCGAGGGCGAGAAUGAGGGCGAGGAGGAGGCCGAGAACGAGUUGGAGGCUGGGAGCGAAGCCCAACCUGUGCCAGAGGAGGAUGUUUCAAAUAAGACAGCAGUCAAAGAAGUAGAAUUUGGGAUGUGCACCGUUACAUGUGGUGUUGGUAUUAGAGAAGUUAUCCUAACAAAUGGAUGCCCUGGAGGUGAAUCCAAGUGUAUCGUAAGGGUGGAAGAAUGCCGUGGACCGGUAGAUUGCGGCUGGGGUAGACCAGUUUCAGAAAGUCUUGACAGUGUUAGAAUGGCAUGUAUUCAUAUAUCUCCUGUAAAUCGUUUCAAAUAUGUUUGGAAACUUCUAAGGCCAGAGCAACAACCUGUUAUCCUUGCAAAUGAUUCAGCAAUCCUGGAAGUACGCAGGGAAAUUCACCCCUUGGUUUUCGAGUGUAUCACCUUGGAUAAUAAUGAAAUAGUAGCAUCUAUUAAGUUCACAGUCUAUACAACAAGUGAAUUGCAAAUGAAAAGAUCAAGCCGACCGGACACUGAUGCAGUCCUAGUGUUUGUGCUGACCAUAGGAGUCAUUAUCUGUAUAUUUGUGAUCUUUGUGCUGAUCUUCAUAAUUAUAAACUGGGGGGCAGUCAAGUCUUUCUGGGGGGAGAAAUCCUCGUCAACUGAGAUACAGUCUGAGCUGAGUUCAGUGAGAUACAAAGAUUCAACUUCUCUUGACCAGUCACCAACAGAAAUGCCUGGAACUGAAGAUGAUGCUUUAAGUGAAUGGAAUGAAUGAUAUAUGGAUGAUAUAUAAAAAACAAAAAGAGAUUAGAGCAUAUCAGAUUCAU